GAUGGGCGGUCUUAUUCGACGCCACGCAGUUUCUGAGUGGACCGCGGCACCCGUUGCGUUUCUCUCUCCGUGGGCAGAAUGUCUCCUGGAGGAGUUUUGGAUGCGUCUCUGAACAUCCACAGGUAGUCACACAGGCUGCUUUCGCCAAUGCAUUUUUCUCGCAGAAGCAUAUACUCGAUUUGGAGACGAUCCUUCUGCUUUUUGUCUAUUAUAUCUAAUGCGUUGAGUCGGAUACUUGCAUGCACAUUUUAGUAAAACACCUCGGACUGUGCAGUGACCCAUACAGAACCGAAACGAUGCUUGCUUGUGAACCUCUGCAUUGAGUUUUCGAAAAAUCAAAAACGCUUGGAUUUUAUUGCAAGUUUGGAAGUGAAUGCAAGAGCGGGAUACAAUGGCAAGCGAUCUGAAGCCUCGGUUGUGUGUGAUGAAGAAAGGAGAGAACGGCUACGGGUUUCAUCUGCACGGAGAGAAAGGGAAAACCGGACAGUACAUACGGAAAGUGGAGCGCGCGUCCCCGGCGGAGGCGUCGGGACUGCGCGCGGGUGACCGUUUGGUGGAGGUGAACGGCGAGAACGUGGAGAGAGAGACACACCAUCAGGUGGUGCAGCGGAUCAAAGCUGUGGAACAUGAGACCAGACUGCUGGUGGUUGAUCGAGAGACUGACGAGUACUUCCGCAGUCUGCGUCUCUCCUGCACGGAAGAUAUGGCCAUCCGGAUGAGUCCUGCAGUCACGACCCCUUCUCCCUCACCGUCCACCAGUAAACAGGGCAACGGCUCGGUGUCCAAACGACUUGAGAUCUCCAAACCCAUCAGGAAACCUCCGUCACGAGCUCCUAAGAAGGAGGCUCAGCCCUCAUCACGGGAUCCGUCUGAGCUUCUGCCGAGGCUGUGUCACCUGGUUCGCUCAGAGAUGGGUUACGGCUUUAAUCUCCACAGCGAGAGGUCCAGACCGGGUCAGUACAUACGGGCUCUGGACCCCGGCUCGCCUGCGGACCGCGCUGGGCUCAAACCACAGGACAGACUCAUAGAGGUGAAUGGCGUGAACAUUGAGAGCAUGAGACAUGCUGAAGUUGUGGCCUUCAUCAAGAACGGCGGGAAGGAGACGAGUCUGCUCGUGGUGGAUCCGGAUACAGACGAGCAUUUCAAAAAGAUGGGCAUCACUCCCACCAGCAUCCAUGUGAAAGAUUUUGACGAGUCCUUAACUAACGGCUCCUCCAGCCCCCACGUGAACGGGACGUCCUCUCGAUCGACAUACUCCGACAGCAGCAGUCAGGACACCACCACACAGUUCUCGAGGGAGGGCGACAGCCAUCUUCUCGACCCGUUUGAAGAAAUAGGUCUGUGUCUGAGUCCCACGGCAGCCGAGGCGAAAGAGAAAGCCCACGCCAAGCGCUCCAGAAAGAAGGCGCCCCAGAUGGACUGGAACAAGAAGCAUGAGAUUUUUAGCAAUUUCUGAAUGUCCUUCCCAGAUGCGGACGCCCCCCACAUGUGUUGCAUUCAAAGCCCUGGACACCCGACUGCUUUUGAUGAAUAACAGGCACCUAUUUUUGUACAAAAUGAAGAGUUGAAACACAAAAAGUUGAAAACGCCACCCAGAGGGGAUGAUGUGAGUUACGCGAGCGGAUUUCUAUCUCAUGAAUGGCUAAGAAAGUCAAGAACCGAUGGUCGAGCUGCUCGUAAAAGAAGGUUUUCUGCAUCAUCUUGUGUUCUUGCGAUUAAUCCGGGCCACUUCAGUAUAGCACGUUUACAGUAACGUACAACACGGAAUACAAACGCCAAAGGAGAUUCUUAUACAGAACAGCAUAUAGACCGUGCUUUUGCAGAACAAAAUCAUUUUAUUGGAUUUAAAAGGACUAAAGCUCAUUUCUGCGAAUCGUCGGAAAGAUACGAAUCGUUCUUUUGCCAAAGACACAACCUCUAAUCAACCUGACCAGCUGAUGAGUGUCAACUGUUUUGAAGGGAGGCAUCACUGUUGGAUAUCAGGUCUCUUGCAAUUACUGAAACUUUAAAAGGGAAGAAAACACCGGAGUGACCCAGAAAGGGGAAUCUGCACUUCUCCAUCACUAGAGGACGCUGUUUAUGCACUCUUGGGCUUCAUUUAUGAAAGAAGCAUGAGUCCAGGAGAACAUGUUGAACCACCAGAGGGAGCCUCAUAACACAUGCUCGGUCGAGUGCAGGAGAAGAGAAACUUCUGCAUCCAACACGUGCAGAGUUGCAUGAUACGCCACAAAGAGCCAUUGCUGUAUUUAAAGUAUAUUCUCUACUGGUGCAUUCUGGGACGUGGAUACCGACAGACAGAUGGCAUGCAAGAAGUCACAUUCAUGCAAAGCCAAAUUGGUUUAGGAAGGGAAACAAAGCUUGUAAAACAAUAAAGAGUAACGCAUACCUUAUCUAUAGAGGAAUGGGUUUGAGGAAGUGAUGCUGUGAGACUCACUGAACUUUGUGCAUAAUGGAUUUAUGACAGUGACCCUCAAACUCAUCUCUGUCACGGCUCAUUCUGGAUAUAAGAUUGCCACCAUUAUUCACAAACGAUAAUGAAAUCUUUUGAGAGAGCGCUAUAUGCAUUUACAGCACACAUAUCGUGAUGUAUAGCAUCAGCAUUACUAUUACUCAUCUUAAUAAUUCAUGAUAUGUUCCAUGUUUGCAAUUUAGUAUUAAUGUAGUCAUGUAGGCUAGUUUGUUUCUUUUUUUUUCAAGCAAUGAGCAGUGAUGGGAAAUCAUCUCUGAUCAGAAAUAUUCGUGUUCGUAUUAUUUUUCCAAUAAAGUGUCGCAGGGCCAUUCUGAACGA